AUGACCGUAGAACAAGACCUUCACAUGACCGUAGAACAAGACCUUCACAUGACCGUAGAACAAGACCUUCACAUAACCGUAGAACAAGACCUUCACAUAACCGUAGAACAAGACCUUCACAUAACCGUAGAACAAGACCUUCACAUAACCGUAGAACAAGACCUUCACAUGACCGUAGAACAAGACCUUCACAUAACCGUAGAACAAGACCUUCACAUAACCGUAGAACAAGACCUUCACAUAACCGUAGAACAAGACCUUCAUAUAACCGUAGAACAAGACCUUCACAUAACCGGAGAACAAGACCUUCACAUAACCGGCGAACAAGACCUUCACAUAACCGUAGAACAAGACCUUCACAUACCGGAGAACAAGACCUUCACAUAA